AAAAGAGACUCCGCCCACGAUCAGCAGUCUAAUUUAAUUAAUCUGAACUUAAUUAACGCGCUCGCGUGACUGAAACCCCUCACACACUCCUCCCUGAUUUCCUGCGUGCAGUGUGCGGAGACAACACAGGGUUCAUACACUGCUACACACACACACACAUACACACACACGGAGAACCUCACUCAAUCUGUGGACUGUCCAUUUGUAGAAAUGUAUUUAAUGUUUCAUGUUUAAAAUACGCAUUUCAUCUGUAAUGGAAGCCUGAGAAGAAACAGUGAAAUGGAUGUGAGGAGAGUUUUAGCUUUUUCAGCGCUGAUGCUCAGUGUGUCGACUUCAGGAUCCAAAGUGCUUGGUGGCCAGAAUAUAUGCAAGCGGGGCACCAACAUACCCUGCUACAAAAUCGGCUACUUCGAGGACAGCUGGCGUAAAUUAAACUUCGAGGAGGCCCAGCGGGCAUGCAGGAGUGACGGAGGAGACCUGCUCAGCAUCGAGUCAGCGGCUGAGCAGAAUCUCAUUGAGGGCUUAAUUCAGGAGCUGAAAGCUUCAGAUGGUGACUUUUGGAUCGGUCUACGCAGAGAGCCAAAGUAUGAGGAGAGCAGCACUGACUGCGAGUCUCAGUACUACUGGCUGGAUGGAAGUCGAUCAAAUUUCAGGAACUGGCACACGGAUGAGCCCUCCUGUGGUUACGAGGUGUGUGUUGUGAUGUACCACCAACCAUCAGCUUCAUCAGAUGAGGGAAACAAGUACAUGUUCCAGUGGAAUGACGACAACUGUGAGACAAAGAACAAUUUCAUCUGCAAGUAUACCAAAGAUAUCUUUAUAACAACAACGACAACAGAAGUAGCCAGGAACCCCUCAGUGACGGUUCACGAUGAUGGGAUGAGUGUUGUGGCUGCUGAACAUACAGAUAAUGUAAUGAACAUCGUUUACAUUGUUCUCCCUACAAUACCUCUACUGCUGCUCUUGAUCGUAGCAAAUGGAGUUUUCUGCUUCAAGCUGUUCACAAAAAGGAGAAGAAAGCAAACAGAGACUCCUGCAGAUAAGCAUGGGACCUGGGCCCCAGGAGAUCGAUGCAGCAGCCCAAGUCCAGAUGUGUACAACGUGAUCCGAAGGCAGCACGAGACCGACCUGAGUGACACUCGGCCUCACACCAAGAACACCUCGUUCCUGGGCUCCUCCCCAGACACACCGACUGACGAGUAUGACAAUCUGGGAGGCCACGACACUGAGAGCGGCUUCGUCACGCUGGCCAGCACCGAGAGUGGCUUCAUCACCAAUGACAUCUACGAGUCCUACCAGAACCGUUCCAGCACCAGGUACCACGGAGAACACAGCUGGCUGGAUAACGAGCUGUACGGCUACUGAACAAGACUUUGUGCUCUCAGAAUAUUUGUGAUGAAAGAGGCCUUGGGUCUUGGAUGUCCUCAGACAUUUCAAAGACUUCAGCAGGAAAUCAAGGACUGAUUUCUUUUGUCCAUGUAAAUGGGCACCUAGAUGACAAACGGCAGUGAGAUUGUCAUCUUGCAAUCAGUUUAGCAUAAUUACUGAUUUAGUCUCCUAUGGUAGGCAACAACAAAAAGGCUCAGAGUCUCAGAUAAUCUAAGAUAGUUAUCAGCUCCCAGUUUCUGUAAAUACAAAGACAUUUCAAAAGACAUUUCAGAAGAUCAAGACACUUGAUCAAGUGUGCACUCCUGUAUUCGCAUGGAAUGACUGUUAAAACAUGAAAAAUGACACUGACGUGACUUCUUUAAAGAUUUGCUUGAGAAAUUCUUAUUUCCUCUGAUUGACUGCUUGUGGAAACUGGGCUUUUACAGACCUUUUAGGGAAAUGCAUUAUAAAAUAUAUGUACUGUCUGUCUUUUUUUCUGAAUGGGGUUGCAUAAGUUGAUGUCAGCCUAAGGCCCUUUGAAUUGUCCAUGUCUCCAAGAGAACCUAGUGGAAACAGUUCAAUUAAAUCAAUGUAAUGGUACUGAUACUUUGUGCAUAAAAUUAUUCUGUAUGUGCUUGUGCCUCAUCGUAUUGGGUUUGCAUGGACCGGUUAUGCUGCUUUCCUUCAUAUUGCAUAUUCUCAGCAUUGGCCUUAAGGAUUAAAAUGUGAUCUUAUGAUGCUGACUUGUAAGCCUUAAACUGGAACAAAAUAAAUGUCUUGCGUUUUCUGUCAAAAGAA